AUGGGUGAGUAUUCAAAGGCUUUGGAUUAUUAUGAAAAGACACUGGAACUGGAAUUGAAAACACUGGGCCCCAAUCACCCGAAUGUUGCUACGACAUUUUGCAGUCUUGGACUGGUUUAUGAUGCUAUGGGUGACUAUUCAAAGGCUUUGGAUUAUUAUGAAAAGACACUGGAACUGGAAUUGAAAACAGUGGGCCCCAAUCACCCGGAUGUUGCUACGACAUUUUGCAGUCUUGGACGUGUUUAUACUGAUAUGGGUGACUAUUCAAAGGCUUUGGAUUAUUAUGAAAAGACACUGGAACUGAACUUGAAAACACUGGGCCCCAAUCACCCGUCUGUUGCUACGACAUAUAACAAUAUUGGAGGGGUUUAUAAUGCUAUGGGUGACUAUUCAAAGGCUUUGGAUUAUUAUGAAAAGACACUGGAACUGGAAUUGAAAACAGUGGGCCCCAAUCACCCGUCUGUUGCUGCGACAUAUAACAACAUGGGAUUCCUUUUCAAAAAUCAAAAGCGCUAUAGAGAAGCAAAGAAGUACUUUGAAAUGUCUCUAGCAAUCAAUCAGAAAGCUUUACCUAGCACACAUCCGCAUGUCUUGAGUGGGCAACAACAGUUAUCAGAAGUAACCUCAAUUUACGAGAGUUUGUAA